AUGGACAGUCCACCCGAGUUCGACUCGCACGCGUUUGUUUUUCUCGUGGAUUUCAGCUCUCUCCGUCCAUCGUCUCACUUCGAACGAAAGUCGGCGAUCAAUAGCCAUGCUGCCAGGAGAAUGCACUUGAAGCGGAGAGAGUCGACAAAGGAUCGACUUCGCAUCAGUGGCAUGUCGAUCUGGACGUGGCAAGGCACGCUGUCGAGUGGACGAAUCUUGAAAACGGACGAGCCUUCUUCUCUUGAUGUGGCGUGCAAGAACCAAGAACGCAGCAGAAAGCCACCGCCACUCAGCCUUAGGGGUUGUCGACAUGAUCUAGAACUGGCUAGACAAUGCUGUCUCAACAGCCUCACCUGUCGCCGGUCUCGAAGACGGGUUCACCGUGAUGCUUAUACCCCAGAACAAUCGACUCACGAUCGUUGCUGUGAAGGCUUGGAGGAUUCCAACGAGGAUGACAGUCGUGGCUUGAAAUCAGAGCCGCUGUCUCCAGGUUCGGAAGGCGCAAUCCAAAGCCCAAAGGCAGCAGCGAAUUCGGUAGCUGUCGUCGAUCCAGGAGAAGGGGCUUGUUUCGCCUUGCAGUCUUUCAUCUGCACAAGCGCCGAGCGCGAGCUUCUCCAUUGUCUUUACAAUACGACGACAAAAGUGGGCCAUACUUGUGUCCCGAUAGCCACUCUAUGCUACUUACGACAAGUGGCGCAUCAAUUCGUCCAUGACGAGGCCGUUAUGGAGCUGACCCGGUCGUUCUCCAGUUAUGUUUGGUCGAAUUUCUUGGGGGGAAAUGUCCACUAUGAGAGACGGGCGUUGACGCAUAAGAUCAAGGGGAUGGCGCUCGUCAUCGAGCAGCUGGGGCACCCGCAAUCCUCGGCCUUGGAGAGUUCCAUUCAAGCGGCUUUGAUCUUGUCGGCAAUAGAGUUCGAUCAUGGCAUCUUGCUGACAUGGUAUUGCACUCCCGAUGGAAGAUUCGAGCCAGGUAUUCACCGAGCGAUUGGUACUGAGACAUUUCCUUGUACGGAUCGCCACUUCGGCACCUUCCUUCUCAAUUGCCGGCGAGACGUUGCUACAAAGCAUACCGCAUUCAACAGAACAUCACCAACUGCCAGACAACCUAUUGAAGAGGUGCAGGAGUUUUGUGAUCCCCUUGAUCUGCCCCCGAGUCUCUACUUCUCUGCAUGUAUUACGGAAUUUCUGUCAGUUACGAAAGAGUUUCGAGAGCUUAGUAUUGCGAGGAGUCAGUUCUUGGCCGAUCCAUCAACCGAGUCGCGGUCCGCAUACGCUUCAGCAAGGUGUCGAUCAGUAUCGGACACUUUUAGCUCGGCACUCCAGUGGAUCCUCAACCCAGACUACACUCCAACAGAAUCAGACCGUAGCAAGCAAAAGUCGACAUCUGCGGCUGUGGAACAGCAGAAUGCAACGGGAUUAGUUUGUUUGUUCUACAUCCACGCCACACUUUGGAGGUAUAGGCAUGAGCCAGUAGAGACAGAUGGGUACAUGAAGAGCGUGGCGGAGAAGGUGCAACGCAACGGUUCGGAGUUGAGUAAAAGUCUGGAUGCAUUGUCUUCACUGCUUGUUUGGAUUUGCGUGAGCGACGAGAAUUUGAAAAUGGAGGACAAGCAAGUGGGUUGGAGAGGACUGACGAGGCUGGUCUCCCGCUUAAGUCGUGUUGCGUUGAGGUUGAGCAGACGCAGCCGAAGGAAUCUGGAGCUGGCGCUAUUUGAAGGCCUGCGAGGGAGGAUGCAGCCAUCUAUGAUUGAGGAAGUUGAAUGUGUCGAGAGUCCUGAGCCGACAACCGAUGAUUGCAUUUGGCCCAAUCUUGAGGGUAUCUGGAAGGAACUCAUUGAGUAG